AAUCAAUAAUAAAUUUUAUCAUGGCGGCGGACGAGCGAGCUCCGCUGCUGAAGUUCUCAGAAGAAGACGAUUAUGACGGACCACGGAAUAGAAAAGCUCCCUAUCGCCUCCCGUCUCAGUUCCCAGGUUUGGGUGACCCGGCGGACGAAUUCAUACUCCCUCUAUCACUCUGCGAGUCCGACCACAUCGUGUGUGUGUUCGUCGUGACGUUCGACACUCGGUCAGGAAACAUGAUCGAAUGGUGCAUGCCGGAGGACUUUGACCUUGAUGGGGUAGAGUUCAAGGCCAUGGUCAGUGGAUCGCACACCAUGACAAAAGACUUUGUGUACUUCCGAAUGGACAACCUAUACGGCCUGGCCUGUUUUGAGAAUAUGCGAGUGGAAAGUGAGAUCGAGCGCGGAGCCAGGAUGAAAUCUGUCGGCAUUCUGUCAACAUCCUACACACUACUGUACCGACACAUGCAGUUUCUGGAGACACAAGUCAGACACCAGCUGGAGACACCAGGGAACUACUCACAACUUCAUGCGUUUUACCAGGACAAGAAGGGAACACUAACUAGUGAUAGUGCUAUUAGUGGAAUGUCGUCCUCCAACUCGUCACCCUCCACACCAAGUAGAGAUCUCCCCGAAAUGAAGAUUACCCAUCCAGCCGGUUGCUUUUCACAGUUCAUCAAAUUUUUUGGCGAGAGUAUAUUUGUUCUAUGGAAGUUCGCUCUACUACAACGAAGACUGCUGUUUUUUUCUCCGCCUCCCAUUGGAGUAGUGUGUUACAGGGUGUACUGUGCAUGCUGUCUUGCGAACCGUGAUAUCCCUGGGCUCGGACAUGACAUGAAGCCACAUUUCUACGUAAACAUUGCAGACAUAGAGACAUUGGAAUCAGAAGUGGCGUACAUUGCAUGCACGACAGAGAAGAUAUUUGAGAUGAAGACAUGUCUAUACGAUGUCUAUAUAGAUAACCAGGUGAUAAAGACACAUUCUCCCAUCCUCAAGGACAUGCUCAAGGUCAGCGACGCUGAUCGGGACAAGUACGCAAAACUCAACAAUCAAAGGUCUGCCCACCAAUUUUCCUAUGAAGAGCUCGGUGAGGAAGCGUGCAACGAAGAGGAACUCUUUACUAUGUUUUUCACCGAAUUAAACAACCGCCUGUUCCAGACCUUGUUAGACGUUUCCAUGUCACAGGACCGUCAACUCACAUCAGAGCACAUGAAGAGCAUGGGUCUUGACCCAUACGGAGAUCGCUCCUUCCUUAUGGAACUUGUCGAACACUAUGGCAUUGAUGUAGUAUUGAUGGUGGACAACCCUUGUUGUCCAAAGUGAUCGUAUUAGGUGCUUUAUCCUCAGUGAUUCCCAGAGACCGUGAAUUUCGGGGCAGUGAAGAUGGGCGAGAUCUGGAUUUUCUUCAACAUGGCGAACGAAAACCUUAUUUUUCCAUGCAAGGAGUAUGUCGGAAA